UGUUGUUGUUUUUUUUUUAACUCUGGAGAAGUCAUGAGUAGAAUCCCUCUUAUCCCUGCGGAAAUUUACCCGCAGAAGAAGAUGCCUCGUCCUCUGCGCAUGCGUCUCAGAUUCAAUAUGUCCGCGCACUACAACAAGGUGGUAAAGAAGAAUUAUUUUUAAAAAACAAGCGUCAACAACCGCUUGCCAUGCUGCCUUCAGACAUUUUAUGAGUGAAACCUAUCUCGUAAUAGCCAGGCCGAUGUGUAAGAAGUCAAGACGGAUGUAUUAGUCGGUUUGUUGUCUGGAUUAUAGAUUGAAUAAUGUGAGUUCAAUACUUUCCCUCACGUAUUCAAUGGUUUUAUAGUUUGAGAUGCAGCACUUAAAACGUGACAGACAUGCAGUCACUUUCAUUGUUUCAUUGUCCAAAUCAAAUCUCUCGGUUCGGUUGCAAUAUUGGGAAAAUAGUGUCCCCUUAUACAAUGGCUUACAGAAGAGUUGUUAACCUUCUUCCAAGAGGAAAGGAGAGUGUCUUUAGUCUGUGGAAACCUCGUCAACAAAAAGUGCCAUGUUUCAUAAUCCAAGAACACACCAUUAAUCACGUUGGCAGAACUGUAAGAACUUUUCACGCUGGCACAACAUUGAUGGUAGCCAAGCUUCUGUCAGUAGAGGAGCUGUUUGCCAAGAGGUCUCUGCAGGAUUACUUGAAGAAGACGGAGGUGGAGUACAAUGAGUGCUUGAGAGAAUUCAACAAAGGGGUGACGGACCAACAGUGCGGUCAGGACGAACUGAGGACCAAGAGGACCAAAGUGUCCCUUUUGGCUCCUCUCAUCCAGAGCGUCAGAGAGCUGGACGCCAAACAAAAAGAGUUGGCUGAGACUGAGACGUUACUGACAGAGGAAGAUCCAGCCCUGAGAGAACUGGCAGAGCUGGAAAGAGAAAGCUGUCUGCAAGAUAUUCAGGAUCUAAAUCAAAAGAUCCUGGAUCUGUUGAUACCUGAGGAAGAGGAAGAUCUGAGCGACCUCGUGCUAGAGGUUAAAGCCGGAGUCGGGGGUCAGGAGGCCAUGCUAUUCACAUCAGAGGUGCUUGAAAUGUACCAUGGCUACGCUCACCACAACGGCUGGUCCUUUGACAUCUUGGAGCACAUGACAAGUGAACUAGGUGGACUUCGUCAUGCCUCAGUCAGCAUCAGCGGUCCUCAGAGCUACAAGAGGAUGAAGUUUGAGGCUGGAGUCCAUCGUGUUCAGCGGGUCCCCAAGACUGAAAAACAAGGUCGAAUGCACACCAGCACCAUGACCGUGGCUGUGUUGCCCCAACCCACCGAGAUCUCUUUCACGAUAAAUCCGAAGGACCUGAGGAUAGACACAAUGAGAGCGAGUGGAGCCGGAGGUCAACAUGUGAACACCACAGACAGUGCAGUCAGAAUAGUCCACUUGCCAACAGGCGUGGUCGCAGAGUGCCAGCAGGAACGCUCGCAGCUGAAGAACAAGGAGAAAGCAAUGAAGGCUCUGAGAGCAAAACUGUACAGCAUAAAGCAUGAGGAGGAGACCAGCAAACGCUACAACCAGCGUAAAGUACAGAUUGGCACUAGAGGCAGAUCAGAGAAGAUUCGAACCUACAACUUUGCCCAGGACCGUAUAACAGACCACCGUAUCGGCAUGACGGUGCAUGACAUCAAGAGCUUCCUGCUGGGAGAGAAUCUGCUGGACGAGAUGAACUCCUCACUACAAGAGUUCUCCAACCAGGAGAUACUCAUGGAACUGCUGGGAGAAAACAACCAGGGAAGGUCAUGAGUUUGGCUCUGAGGUGCAUGGAUUCUGAUGGGAUUGAAACUUCAUGCCUCAGUUUUAUUACCGGUAUUUGUUUAUCCUACUACUGGUAUGCUUCAAAUCCGUCAGGAAAAACUUAGGAAAAUGACCAUGAUGAAUGGCAAGUAGGGGACCAAGGACUAAUACCCCUGCCCAUCUCUUAAAAAAAAAAGAAAGACAACACUUUAUUUUUUUUGUUUUCAAGACCUAUGGAAUUUGCCUCAAAGUAGCAAAUAAAACCGCAACAUUCUGUAACAGUAUUUGUUUUGUGAAAUGAUUAUUCAAAAAUGUACUAUAAUUCAGCCACAUGUUAAGUAGUGAGUCUUGGCACCAAUGUCCGACAAUAAGGCACAGAUAAUUUGCUAUCCAUUUGGGCCUAAAGAUGGUGGAUUGGGUAUAGUUCAAGCAGAGCUCUGUGCU